AUGGAUGAGUCCCAUGGCUCAGGAAAUGCAGUCCUUGCUCAGCUUCAGCAGAUGGAGUUUGGACCAGCAGGAGAGCUUAGCCAGCAAGGAUGGGGAGGAGAAAUAGGAGUCACUGCUUUGCCUGUCCUUGAAUCCCCUGGGUCUUGGAGAGGGGAGGCCCAUGACACCCUGGCCAUUGUGGGGCUGACCAUCUCAGCCAGCAAUUGUUUCAUGCAGGUCUCCUCCAUCGAGGGCCUGUUGGCUGUCCUCCACCUGUCCCACUCUGUGCUGCCUAGCUUGCUGCUGCUCAGCUCUGGUCCCUCAUGGCUGAGGACAUUGCUGGCAUAUGUGAAACAAGAAUGUCACAUGGACAAUGACCCCGUAUUAGCUGCUGCCCUUACAUUCCUCCUCUGCUGGGAAGUAUCCCAG